AUGAGGCGUCUUUUUGGCCUUCGUACGUGUUUCGCGCUUUCAUUUCUGCUGUGUGUUUGUUGGGCAAGCGAGAUUGCAUUCAGCGUCAACGACGAUCUGUUUGCCUUUCCUCAGUAUAGCGUUGAAUUCUCAAAAACAUACAUACUCGAUACCGAUGCCCAAGACAUCCUAGACCGCCGGCGGCGGGAAACCGCAGUUGGUGAUCGACGGUCCGCGCAGACACGUUUGAAGGACGUCUCCGCAGGUCUCAACCAAGAGACUGACGAUAACGCUGGGACAGAAGCCUCAGUGCAGUCGGGCUCUUACGAGCACCUCUCUCUCCAUGGAUAUCCCUAUCUGUGCUUCAUCCCAGAAGCAAAAGACACCGCCGACAAUCGGACUACCCCCGAACCGCCUGCCGGAGACCGCGAGAAAGAGCUGGACCACGCCGUCGCUAGGGCAUCACAGCUCCUCCAGGGCAUGGCAUCGAAUCAAUGCCUAUACUACUCUACAGGCUGGUGGACCUAUUCAUUCUGCUACAAUGCUCAGGUAACCCAAUUCCAUGCCCUUCCACCAGGCACCAACGGCAGGAUAUGGCCACCGCAAGAAGACCCCACCACUCCAAGCUACGUUUUGGGCAAAUUUGAAUCUCAAAAAUCGGGAGAUUGGAAACCACAGCCUGGCUCCGACAAGGCGCUCUCGACGGAAGUCCGGUCAAAAGCCGAGACCAACUACCUCGUCCAGCGGCUGGAGGGCGGAACACCCUGCGACCUCACGGGGAACGACCGCAAGAUCGAGGUGCAGUUCCACUGUAAUCCACAACUGACCGACCGGAUUGGCUGGAUCAAAGAGACGGCUACCUGCGCCUAUCUCAUGAUCAUCUACACUCCACGGCUCUGUAACGAUGUUGCCUUCCAGCCACCAAAGGAGAGUCGAGCUCAUCUCAUCACUUGCCGGGAGAUCGUCUCGGAAGAUGAUGUGGCGGCGUGGGAAGCACGUCACGGAGAGGAGGGCUCUCGUCCGACGCUGGGUCAAAGACAGCCUCAGCAGGUCACGCUGGGCAAUGUCGAAGUGGGUGCUAUGAAGCUAGUAGGUCGCGAUGGCAAGAGACUCGAGAGGGGGCGUAUUGUCCUCACCAAGGAUGAAAAAGCCGAGACCAUCAUCAUGCAGAAGAAAGGACAGAUCUCUGGCAUGUCCAAGGCAGAGCUCGAGAAGCUUGAUCUGAGCCCGGAGGACAUUGAUGCUUUCCGCGAGGAGCUGCAAAAGCUGGCGGGCUCCAAGGACUGGAAGAUUGAACGGUUGGACGACAUCAACGGGCACAUUCAGCUUCGAGGGGUGGUGGCUACAGAUGACGAUGACGACGACGAAGAGGAAGAAGAGAAGAAUGAGCCAGAAAGAAGCAAUCCUCCAUCGGAGGAGAGUGAAGAAGAGACUGGCAGUCGGGAAUAUGUUGGAGAGGCCUGA